AGUGGAUGGAUGGAGAUAGAAAAUAUUAUUAAAAUCGAUACCAGGUUUGUGAAGCAUAAAAAGACGUGCCGAAUUAGAACAUCCUAUGGCUAAGACGAUAGUGGACUGAAUGUCACCAAUGUGGCCUUGAAAUAAUAUUUUAAAAGGGGGAACGGUGACAUGGUUUAUGAAUUGGUAUAUUUUUUAUAGAAGUUAAGUUAUUCAUCUGUAACGAUACACAUGGUAACAUGAAAUUAAUGAUUAAUGUGUAUGUCUAUAAUAAACCAGGAUACGAGCCAAUGCAUUUGUAUUUGUAUUAACACGGAUAUGCUCCCAGGUAACAUUUUUCCUAAAUAAGUAUAAUAUGAUGUUCAAAUGAUAUUUGGUGUGGAAGUAUAUAUGUCUGAUCUUUUAACUAUAUAGGUUCAUAAAUGACAGUCAACAAGCAGGGACUCGUCGCUUAUUGUGCUUCUGGUAUAGCAUUUCGGAUGGUUAGCACAGCCUACAGUUUCUAUUAUGUCAAAGUGUUUAUGAAUCUGUAUCACAUCGAGGCAUAUUGGUUUCAAAUGGCACAACUAGUAUAUCUAAUAUGGAAUGUCUUAAACGAUCCUUUAUUUGCUUAUAUUCAAGACAGCACAAGAUUGAGAAUUACAAAAACAAGACGAGAAAGUAUUUUGUAUUGUGGACCUCUAUUAGUAACAUCAUUUAUUAUACCUUGGUUUCAAUGGGGAGACAAUUCAUGGGUUGUAGGACUACAUCUAAUUGUAAGUCUCGUUGCUUGGGACACAGUAUGUUCAUUUAUGGCACUUACAAUGUCUGCAUUGUUUGUAGAACUUUCUGACAAAACAGAGGACAGAAUAGUACUGACGAAAUAUUAUCAUACUGCUUGUAUACUAGGCACGCCAACGGUUUUAUUACUAGAGUUUACAUCGGAUAGUCUUAGUAACUUCAAAACUUUUCAAACAACUACAGUACUGAUAGCAGUGUGUUCUGGUUUAUUAUUUCUUUAUGCAGGAAUAAAUAUUUUUAGUCCCUAUGAUCUGAAAACAAUUACAAGGACUAAUUCAGACACAGAUCAAAGUAAUCAAAUAAAUAACAAUAUUUCAGUAGAAAAUGAAUCUUAUUGCAAACAAGUUUGCCAGUAUUUAUCAGAUAUUAACUUUAUUGCUUUUGCUGUCACCUUCUUCUUUCACGUUUUUCAUAAAUUUUUUGUAAUUAAUUUCCUCGGCAUAGUUUGUGAUCACUUAAUUCCAGAUGAUAUAUUCCCGAAAGAUGCCAGAAAGAUUUUUUAUGGUGGAAUCCCUUUUAUAUCUGCAAUAUGUGUGAUAUGUGGAGCUUCGUUUGCGACGAGAUACUCUUACUAUUCAGUGGUCAAAUCAGUGUAUGGAUGCAUGGUACUAGCAGGAAUAAUUAUGCUGUAUAUUGGAAAAGGACAUACUUGGUGUCUAAUCAUAUUCCUGAUGCUGGAUAGUUGUGCAAUAAGUGUUGUUUACGCUUUCUUUGGUAUGGCACAAGCAGAUCUAGCCGAUAUUAACAAAACUAAAUAUAAGCGAGUAAGACCUUUAUCUUCCAUGGUAUUUGGAACCAGUUCAUUGAUAGCAAGGCCAGCGAUCUCCUUGUCUCCAAUGUUUGUAGCAGCUAUUUUAGAUACAUAUGGAUAUAGUCAGCUGAAAGGGACAGAAUCUUCACUUGAACUUAAACAUGCGAUGUUUAUGUUAGUGUGCUGUUAUCCAAUUAUAAUAGGAUCGAUACAAUUUGUAUCAUGGUCCUUUUUUAAAAUCCCAUGUAAAUCAGAAAAUACUAUUCUAAUUGAGACUUAGAUUACCUGUGUUCGUAUGCCUUUAGCUGUAAGAAGUGUCAAUCCUUAUGUACUAUUUUGAGGUUUCUUUCAUGCCAUGCUCAUUUUACCAACAGUACUAAGCAUAAUAUAAACGAGGUGUAAAAUGCUGCCAAAUAUAAUACCUACUCAAGUUAAAAUGAGCAUAGAACAUGGUAUGAUAGAAUUAUUUCGAUUCUAAUAUGAAAAUUUAUAAAUUUUAUACUUCGAAGCACGUUCGAAAGGCAGCCAUUUUGAUUUGAUCAAGCCAAAACGUUGUAAAAAAAAACUAACCGUUUCAAGAUUAAAAAAGAACAAGAACAAUUAA